UGUGCCCCGCCCUGAUAAUGUCGGAUAGCUAUUUAAAUUCAUUGCUGUGCCCUAGUGUCUAAAUUGCGUAGAGAAUUCAGAGUAGCGUACGUUUUUAAGGCAAUUUCACUUGGUCGAUUUGUUAUGGCGUCAGAAGUAGCCGAAAAUGUUGCGGUCUCCAACCCACCGGAGCACCAGGAGAACGGAGAACAACAGAAUGUGGUGGACAGGGUGACCAGCCUGCCUCUUGUGAGCUCUGCCUAUGACAUGGUAUCAGCUGUGUACAACAGUACCAAGGAGAACCAUCCAUAUGUGAAGACUGUCUGUGAUGUUGCUGAGCAGGGAGUGAAGACCAUCUCAGCUGUGGCCAAGCCAAUUAUAGACAAACUGGAGCCUCAAAUUGCAGCAGCUAAUGAAUAUGCCUGUAAAGGCUUGGAUAAACUGGAAGAGAAGCUACCCAUCCUUCAACAGUCCACACCCCAGGUUGUUGCUGAUACCAAAGAGCUGGUUUCAUCCACAAUAACAGGAGCCAAAGAUGCAGUCUCCAACACAGUGACUGGAGCUAAAAAUACAGUGACUGGGGUAGUGGACAUGGCCAAGGGGGCAGUGCAUGGUGGCAUUGAAAAGACCAAGACAGUGAUGGUUGAAGGAGUUAACACUGUCAUGGCAUCCAGAGUAGGGCAGAUGGUUGUCACUGGUGUGGACAGUGCACUCAAUAAAUCUGAAGAGAUGGUUGAUCAUUAUCUUCCAAUGACUGAGGAAGAGCUAGCAAAAUUGGCCUCUUCUGUUGAAGGCAGUGAAGUGGCCCCAGCACAGAAGGAGAGUUACUAUGUGCGUUUAGGAUCUUUAUCUUCAAAAGUGCGUCAUAGAGCAUAUCAGCACUCUACAUCCAAGAUGCAAAAGGCCAGACAAGGCAGCCAAGACAUUAUGGUUCAGCUUCACAACACAAUGGAUCUGAUUGAAUUGGCAAAGAAAGGAGUAGAUUCAGCAAAUCAGAAGCUACAUGAGGUUCAGGAAAAGCUGCAUCAGAUGUGGGUUGACUGGCAGAAGAAACAAAAAGGUCAAGUGGAAGAAGGGCAUCUGAAACCAGAGCAACUUGAAUCCCAAACCUUAACCAUGACUCAGAGUCUCACCCAACAACUACAGACUACCUGCCUGACCUUGGCUUCAAAUGUACACGGCCUCCCUCAGCACAUUCAAGAAAAAAUGCAGCAGAUCCGCAAAACAGCAGAGACCAUCCACACCUCUUUCUCCUCUGCCAGUUCAUUUGGUGACCUCUCUGGGCAGCUCCUGGUGCAAAGCAGAGAGCAAAUGCUGAAGAUCCGGGAAUCCAUGGAUGGGGUAAUGGACUAUGUGCUUCACAACACUCCUCUCAAUUGGUUGGUGGGUCCCUUUGCCCCAGAACUGAUUGAGCACCCUCAGUCAGAGCAGAUGAUUGAAAUCGAUAAAGUCCAAGAAUAGGUGUGACUUGCCUGUAGCUAUAUACUAUAUAUGGUUAGACUACAAGAUUAAACUUGUCAGAUUUUGUAUAGUGAAAAUAGCCCUAAUUUCUGAAAGUAUGAAUAAACAGCAUUAACCUUCACUCUAUUUCCAUAUUGAGUAAUUGUGCUACCCUACAAUCUUUCCUUGUAAAAUGUGUUUUUUCUCUUCUUUGAAUAUUGACAUUUUGUGGACUCUUGCUGCCAUAUUGUGCUAGUGUUGAUUUUUUUGAAAUGGAUAUAGCUCCUGCCUAACUUCAGUUAAUUGCAUUCACCCAUGAACUUGAAGGGAUAUCAGCCCUCCUGACACCUGUUUAGUGAGUAGGAGCUUUAGAGCAUUGAAAUUUGGGAUGCCUGCCAGUUCAAGAGUACUUUUUUGUAGAAUUUUUAUUUGCAGCAUUUACUGCAACAAGAAGUUGGGUUCUAUUUGAGCCUCCAUUUUGAUGUUACAGCCACAGGGAGUUUCCCACCAUCUUGGGUAUUUUUCUUUUGCAGCCUAGAUAAAGAUAACAAUCAUUGUAUUUGAACUGCCUGUGCAUUGCAAUAAUGCUGAACACCAAGUGAGUGUUCCAGUCAAUCCUUUGUGUAAAGUGAAUUGCUAAUGUCUGUAUUUCUCAUUCCAACAUGGAAUCCCACCAUCCCCACCCAGCUGUUAAGAACAUUCACCUAGCAUGCCUGAGUCAAGAGAUGGGUUUGAUGUGCCAUACAGCAAUUUCAGUUUACCUUUUUACUUAAACUACAAAAAUAUAAUAUUGUUCAUUAAUGAUGUAUUAAAAUUCAAUGAUUUUUAUAAUCAUUCUCCCUACUGGAGAUUUGGUCAAAUAUCACUACACUAAAGAUGGGCUGUAAAUUUUUCUUGCACCAAUAAAGUCCAAGAGCUAAUGGAGGGGAGAAAGAGA